AAACAGAAUUCUGAAUAUGACAGAAGGAAUAUUGGGAUUAAAUAGUGGUAUACCAGUUAUUGGGACUGUUGCACAGUACAAUUAGAUUGCAGAAAUAGUGAAGUUGUAUAUAAAGAACAAUUCACUGGUUAUUGUAAUCAGCACCAAGAUGAAAAAAUCGAGUGGUAAAACGUACGCUUCUAGUCAGGAAGACAGUGAGAACGACAGCGAUGUAACGGAAUGCAGUAUUGGAAGCAAUUCUACUGCUGGUACUCAUCGGAGCGAUACGCCCACUCGUAGUGCCCGUUACAAACGGAAAGGUCGUCGCAGAAGUAAAACUGCGAAAUACAAACCUUCCACGGACAAGCCAUUAUAUAAAUAUUGCUGCAGUGUCAAGGAAGAUCACGGGCAACCUUUGUUCGGCGUGCAAUUUAAUUAUCAUUUGAAGGAAGGUGAACCGUUGAUAUUCGCUUCUGUCGGUAGCAAUCGCGUAAGUAUCUACGAGUGUCCGCAGAGUGGAAAUAUACGGCUGCAACAAUGUUACGCCGAUCCAGAUACGGAGGAGAAUUUUUACACGUGUGCUUGGACGUACGACGACUCUGGGAAGCCUCUGUUAGCUGUGGCGGGCUCGCGCGGAGUCAUUCGCGUUAUCAGUCCUACGACAAUGACUUGUAUCAAACAUUACAUCGGUCAUGGACAUGCGAUAAACGAGUUGAAGAUUCAUCCGAAAGAUCCGAAUAUUUUGCUAUCCGCGUCGAAGGAUCAUGCUCUAAGACUAUGGAAUAUCAAAACCGAUGUAUGCAUCGCGAUCUUUGGUGGCGUGGAAGGUCAUCGAGAUGAAGUCCUCAGCGCCGAUUUUGACAUAAGAGGUCAAAGGAUCAUUUCGUGCGGCAUGGAUCACGCUCUUAAGUUGUGGUCCUUGGAAAAGCCAGACAUGCAAGAGGCGAUAAAACAAUCCUAUCACUGCAAUCCCACUCGUAACGGUAGGCCCUUUGACUCGAUACUCCAACAUUUCCCCGACUUUACCACUCGAGAUGUUCAUCGAAAUUACGUCGACUGUGUGAAAUGGUUCGGUGAUUUUAUCCUGAGCAAGUCUUGCGAAAACUGUAUUGUAUGCUGGAAACCGGGUAGGCUCGAGGACUCGCAGCUACGCAGUGGAGAGACGAGCGCGACAGUUUUACAUCGCUUUGAAUUUAAGGAGUGCGAUAUUUGGUUUAUACGUUUCUCCAUGGAUUUCUGGCAGCGCACGAUCGCUCUCGGGAAUCAGGUCGGUCGUACUUACGUUUGGGACUUGGACGUGGAUGAGCCUGGACAGGCGCGUUGUUGGUCUCUUCAGCAUCCUCGAUGCACCGCACCGAUUCGUCAAACCAGCCUAAGCCGAGACGGCUCUGUAUUACUGUGCGUUUGCGACGACGCGACAAUUUGGAGAUGGAAUCGCGAUCACUAAUCUCUAAUCGAAUCCAUUUUAUGACGACAACGUGCCUUUUUAUUAUCUAUGUAUAUGCAAAUUCAAUAUUCGUGCUUUUUAUAUUUUUGCAAUACUUUAAACUUAGGUGAAAUUUUCCAGUAAGCAAGAUAUCAUUAACACAACACAUUGUUACAAUGAUAUUUUAUAAUAUGUAACGUUUUUAAUUAUGUUAGGUUUUAAUGUUAUAUACAACGUUAUUACGAAAAAUACUUGAAUAAAAUAUUAAAAAUAAUAUUACAUUGUAAUUGUAAUGCUCGAUAAUGUUACAUCAUAAAGUAACAAUUUAAAUUUAUAAAAUAUGUCAUAAUGUUCAUAAAAUCAAUGUUUUAGAUUGAUUUAAUUAAAAAUCGUUUUAGAUUGAUAAGAUUUAAUGUUUAUUGCUUACUGGGUUAAUCUAUUAGAUUAAUUCAAAAUCUUUAAAUACAAAUGCAAUAUACAUACAUGUGUGUAUAAUUAAAAAAUUGCAUUUUUUCCCAAUGAAUUGCCAAAUAUCAAAUAUUUUUCAUGUAUAGAUGACUAUUCAACAUAGCUAUAGUUUUACAAUGUAAGAAUCACCAUUAAACCGCGAAAGUAUCUCUAUAAUUAUAAGUAAAUGGCAUUGUAAAAAUGAGAAAAAACUUUUUAUAUCUUUGCAAAUAUAAAUAGAAAGUAAGUUUUUUUAUAUCUUGUAAUAUAUUACAAGUGAUAUUACAUGGAGGGAUUAAUUCUUUUUUAUAACUUUUAUAAGAUUUAUACAAUCUGUCCUAAAUUUCCUAAGUGAUGAACUGCUUUUAAUAAAUUUUAAUUUGUGAUUGUAUGUAGAAUUUUCAUGCUAUUAUAAUAAUCUAAUUAAAAAAUUAGACAAUACACGUUUAAGGCCUGUUUGUACCGAUGUAGCUUAAUUUUAAACUGUUUAACUUGUCUUCUAUCUUCCUAAUUUAAAAAAUUUAUUAUAGGAGGAUAUAAGUAAGAUAUUUGUAUAGUUAGACGAGUUUAAGGUUAGAGUUGUACAUCAUGUAGCUCUUUCAGACUAUCUGCAUUUUUUAUAUCUUUAUAAAAUAAUAAAAUUAAUGAACAGCU